AGGCUGAUGCAAGGACGGAAGAAUAUUUAUCAUAUUCACCCAAUAAAGACAGUAUGUUUCAGGCUAACCAUGGUUAUCCGAGGCAUUAUAGACCUCCAUAUCGUGCACCAUACUAUUAUCAACCUCCGCCAAGAGGUAAUUAUCCUGGGGUAAAUAACUACAGUCAACCUAACUUUUCAUAUCCUCCUCAACGUGUUCAAUCAGAUAAUAUGGGUUACUAUAGACCGCCCGUAUAUUACACGGGGCCUCGUUGUCCAAGAUACACGGCACAAGACUGGGAUAGAAAUUCACCACCAUCUUAUCGAUAUGAUGAUUCGACAAAGAUUACGAAUUCUGCGAGCUCUUCACAGAUGGUACAGCCUAGCCAGCCACAAACAUCAAUGGCACAAUCCAGAAUGGAACAAAUCUCAAACGCGCAGCCAAGAAUACCACAACUUUCAUUGGCACAGCCUUGCCAACCACAAAUUUCCAUGGUACAGUCUAACAUUGAACAAUCGUCUAUGGUACAGCCUAAAAUCACGCAGUGUUCAAUGGCGCAGUCGGAAAUUCCAAAACCACAGCCAAAAAUAACACAAACCUCAAUAGCACAACAGCCUAGAAUGCCACAAUCUUCAAGGGAACAGCCUAGCCAGCCACAAACAUCUAUGGGACGACAGCCUAGGAUGACACAACCUUCAAUCGCUCAACCCAGAAUGGAACAAAUCUCAACUGUGCAGUCCAGAAUGGUACAAGUUAGAAUGGCACAAAUAUCAGCGGCUCAGCCUAGAAUAGAGCAAACAUCAACUAUACAUACCAGAAUGACACAAACCCCAAUGAACCAGCCACAAAGCUCAAUAGUUUCCAUGAUACAGCCCAGCGUGACACACACCUCAAUGUCCCAGCAUCCAAGGCCAAUGAUACAGUCAUACACUUCACUGACAAAACCUCCACUGUCUAGAAUGACACAAACUUCAAUGUCUCAGCCUAUAAUGCCGAAAAAAUCAAUGGUACAGCCACAAAUUUCAAUGUCACAGCCUAGACUGGAAGAAGCUCCAAUUUCACAGCCUGUAAGUGGACAAACGUCAUUUACCCAGCCUAAUUCAAAGACACAAACGUCAAUAGCACACUCUAGCACAGCCAAAAUGUCAGUGGCGCAGCCUGUAAUUGGAGAUGUUUUGAUGACAGAACCUAGAAUGACACAAUCAUCAUUGGCACAGUCUAGUGUAGCACAACCUUCUAUGAUGCAGCCUAGAACCGCGCAGUCUUCCAUAGCUCAAACCUCAAUGGCACAGCCUUUGAUGCCCAGAAUGAGACUGCCUAGUACGUCACAACCUUCUACUGCAUAUCCUGGAAUGACAAAAACCUCAAUGGAACAAUGUAGUAUGUCUCAAACUAAACAGCCUAGCUUAGCACAGUCGUCAAUUGCACAACCAACAGUGGAACAAGCUACAAUGACACAAACGUCGAUAGCACUAACUAAACAGGAACAAACUUCAGUGUCUCAGUCUCAACAACCUUCAAGUACAUAUCCUAGAAAAACAAAAACUUCAAUGUCACAGCCUACUACGUCACAACCUCCAACUAAACAUCCUAACGUGGUAAACACAUCAAUGUCUCAGCCAAGAAUGGGAAAAACAUCAAUGCCUCAGCCUAACAUGAAACGAACUUUAAUGCCAAUAGUCCAAUUGACCAAAAUCUCAAUGCUGAGGCCCAGAGUGGAACAAACGUCAAUGACACAGGCAAGAAUGACACAGUCUACCAGCAUGGCAAAAACUUCAAUGGCACAAUCCACAAAAGCAAAGUCUUCGCAAGCACAAUCAUAUAAAGUGACUGCCAAAUCUACCCAUGGUAAGUAAUUGGUACUACGUUUUAAUGUAAAUGAAAUCUGAGAGCUGUUCAUAUAAUACCACCCGCCAUAUUUUGUAAUGUGUAAUUCAAUGACGUCACAACCAAGAGUUUGCAUUAUGAUAAUUUACAUAUUAGUGGAAAGCUAAGCUUAAUUCCACAUCCUAGUUUCUCUAUUUAAAAUUUACGAUUUGAAUCCGUAUUUUUGGACAAUUAUUACUUGUUGAAAAACAAAGAGUGUUUUACUUAUAUAAAACAAAGAGAAAACGUUUCGUCCAAUCAAAUGAUACAACGAUGACGUAUUUUUGAAAUUGGUUUUGGUUGCAUGGUGCAGCAAUUUUAUUACGUAAUCUUAGGCUUCACGAACGUCCAGGUACAGUCAUUUCUAGAUCAGUGGGUACAGUCAGUAGAUUGAAAUAUUCACUCCUUGGGUGACUCAUAGUAAUCCUUCGCGUGUUUUAAUUCCAUGGUUUUGUUUGCUAUUCAUUUACAUUUAGGUUCUGAGAGACAGUCGUUUCUAGUACAGUAUCCCGUGAGUACACUUUACAACAAACAGUGGAAGACAAAUUGCACUGCAGCAACAACAACGGUAAAUGGUGAAUACAGCAAUAAAGGUGCAAGUGUUUCGAAAUGUAAUUCAGACGUUCAGCGCUAUCAGCCUUACCCCAAUAUAACAAACAGCGAAGCGAAAUUUAAGAAUAGAUGGGAUUCGAAAGACAAAGACAUGGGAAAAUCUUUGCCACGUGAAAGUACAAAGGUCGAGGUCAAUGAUAUAGAGGGUAAUCAAUCUUGUUACAAUAAUAAAAGUUUGGAGAAAUCUAGGUGUUCGUCGACUGAAAUGGUAAACAACCAUUAUAAAGCUUCAAACCGCCCAGAAAAGAUGGAAGAGAGCGACAAUUCUGACUAUGAAAGUGAAACAGAUCCCAGUGAGACAGAUGAUGAUGCAUCAUCUAAUGCAGAUGUAGUAAAUGUUGAUGACGAUGACCUUGACAACAAGGAUGCAGAAGAAUUAUUAAUGAGUAUGAGUAACAGAAGUAUUAAGAUCAGUCGUUUGUUAGAAGAACAGAAAAGAUUGAUGGCAAAUCUUCAUGUUGUUAAACAUACACCAUUGGCCAAUGAUGACAAUACCGGCGGAUACACUUGGUAAAAAACACUACAUGGGUAACUUUAGGCCUGGCUGCUGAAGUAUGGUUAAAAAGUGUGAAUUACUACAUAUGAACUAACUACUCAUGUUGAAAUGCCGUUUUCAUGGUUUUUUACUCUACGGUAAACGCACGUUUUUUCAAUCUACGUUAGCUUAGACUGAAAAUUAUCAAUGCAUAAUCAGCCUUAUUAUCCCCCUAAAGUUAUGUUAGGUUGUUGUAAAUUAUUUUACACACAAAUGAAAUAACCAGACAAUUUUAUUUAGUGGAUGUAAAAAUAUCAAAAUGGAGUUUGUCACAAAACAGGUGAAAAAACUCUCCAACUUCAGGAGAUUUGUCUAGCAAACCAAUCCUGGAAAAACAGGGAUCUCGGAUCUAACAACAAGAAUGAGGAACAUUUUGAAUUUUUCACAUACUUUUUGAGAGACUCUUAAGGAAUCAUAGGACGUUUUCAAACAAUGUAAAUUUAUGAUCAGUGGAACAUUAAGCACUUUUUCCAGGUCUGUAACGAGCAUGAGUAAUGAAACUAAGUGUCUUCAUUUUGUACGACAGUUCUUGUCCACAGUUAUGAAACUAUUUUGAAAAAUAUUAUAAAUACUUCCAAAGAUCUCGGUUUGUUUGUUUCUAAAUUACUACAUGGUUAUUUCAGUUGUGUGUGAAUAUUUUUUCCACAAAGAUUUGUGGUCAAUUAAAACUAUUACUGUAAAUUAGUUUUAUAAAGUUAAAAUUAGUUAAAACUUAAAAGCAUUUAGGUCCAAUUACACGGGACUAGGCCAAGGCCAGUUGCCAAGGGAUGAAAAUUUUGAAUAAAGUCAAACCUUAUCCAACAUCAUGCAGCCAACAUUAUAAAACAUAGUGUUCAAUAAGAAACAACAUGUUGCAUACAACAAUGUAGAAUAAUGUUGGACCAACAUGUUGGACUGCUUUGAAUGGACCUUUAGUUUAUAUUAUGGCGUGACUGAAAAAUAUUCUGUUUCUGGUCAGUGGGUUUGUCUAGAAAUGGCGCCGCCACGCGGCUUUUUCUACUUCCUUUUUUUAAUAGUUAAGCAAGGGCUUUUUUAUACGGUGGCUCAUAAGGGCCAUAUCUCUCUCUUUUUUCCAGCCGCGCUCUGAAUUAUCACGCUACUUAUCAGCCGUACUUCCAAUUUUGAGCCGCGCACUUUCAGUUAUGCCGCCACUUAUGGCUCGAGUUAAGGCGCCACUUACAGUAGUAAGCCGCGGGUUAAGGCGCCACUUAUCUCGUCAUGUGUUUACUCACAUGACCGAAAUGUUUAUCACAACCAAAAGAUCAUGGUACGUAUAUGUUUACAACAUAAUGUUGUUUGCAUUAUCCACAGUAGAAGCAGUAUUCCCAAAUUAUAAUCCCGUAUUGGGUGCCUUUUUUCCUCACUUGAGACAUAAGCAUAAGCAUAAGCAAGCGGAACCUUUGAUGUGCGUAAGCAUAAGAAGAACUAAACGUUGCGUUCUUAUGCGUAUGCACAUCAAAAGUUAGGACUAAAGGCUGUUGAAAUUCUUGGUUUUCUUACCAAUGUCCAUGUCCAUGGUUUCCCGUUGAGUCUUAGGCAGCUUGAAAGAAUUCUAAGAGCAAGAGGAUGCCGGAAAAGAAAAGCUCCAAGUGAUUUUGACGAAGCAGUUCGGAUAAUAGAGGUGGAACUUAGAGGAAGUUCAAGUUUACUUGGCUAUAUAGAGCGCUACAUCAAAGAUUAACAUUAGUUAAUCUAAGACACCCAAUGCGGGAUUAUACUUUGGGAAUAGUGCUUAUAAUAAUGCAAACAAUAUUAUGUAAACAUAUGCCAUGAUCUUUUGGUUGUGAUAAACAUUUCGGUCACACACGUGACGGGAUAAGUGGCGCCUUAACCCGCGGCUUAAGUCUACUUUAAAAUUAGAUUAAAUGUUCAAUUAUUACCAAAACUGCGGACGCGUCCUCUCGCCCGAAAAACAUGUCCUGUUUUCACGUCAAAACAUUCGGGAAUGCGACUACAUUCCUAUGGCUAUUACGAUCUAUUCUAAAACAACACCCAAGUGACAGACGAGUAACGUACAGACGGGUAACAGACGACUACAAACGACUACAGACGAGUAAAAUUUACAAAUAGACUAGCUGUACAGGCUCUCUUUAAAAUAGGGAAUCAGGGAAGUGGGAGACCGGGAGAUGGGGGAACGAGGAAAUAGAAAAUAGGGAACGGAGCCGUAGUUGGGCAAACGGGAGUUUGAGAAGUUGGGAGUGAGGAUACGGGGAGUGGGGAACGAGAAUAAGAAACGAGAAUUGGGAGUGCCACAACAGUGGAGUGGGAGAACCACAUAACCAUAUACAAUGUAGAAUGGCAGAACCGGGGAGUGGAAAAAUUGGGAAUAGGCUAGCCGAAGAAACUGGGGGAAUAGGGGAAGCAGGGAAUUGGGAGAAAUAAAAGAAAAAUAGAAAAUAACCUUUUGGUGUUUCACUUUGUUGGCACACAUAUAUAUUAUUAUAGCAUAUUGGCAUUGAAUUCUUAAUAAUUAACAUAUCUAAUAAUUAAAUAUGACAAUAUAUGAUGCUGGGUACCAUUUGUCUCUGAAUUGUAAUAUUACUAAUGAAGAUUUUUAAAAGAAAUAUGUGUGUAAAACUAGUUAAGUUCAUUGGAAAAUACCUUUGUGGUUUUGUGUACAAUUUAAUUAGUUUUGAUAUUUAUAGACAUUUUUAUAAUAGAUAGAUAGGUCAGUGACAGAGAAAAGGCUUGCCAUUGGCCAAAGGGUACCAAGAUAUUAAUAAACACAAUUAUACUGGUUCUGAAUACCAAUAUACCUAAAAUUCCCAGUUGUACGUGCUAUGUCGUGAAUAAAUAUGGGAUAAUUUUACCCAUAUUUUGACCUAUUUUGAGAAUAAAGAACAGACACUGAAAAUGGUACCAAUACAUUUCAGCCUCUUAGUCAGGCCUAGACAUUAAUUACAGUAUUGUCUUGACCAAACUUUAUUUAAGAAUGCGAUCUUGGUCCUGCAUGGUUCGCCAUUUCCCAAGACAGCGGUCACAGAUUAUUUCGAGAGCUGCCGCGUUAAAUGAGUUCGCCUAUUACCCUAUCCUCAAGGUUAUUGAUAUCUUAAUCCACACACAUGCAUAUUUCUUUACAAAAUAUUAAAGAUGCGAUACAGUCCGUUUCCACGUGUCUGCUUUGUUUAUACAUUUUUUUCUUUGGUUAGCCUAUUCCCACAUUUCCUGACCCCGCCAUUCCCCACUCAUACGGUUAGGUGGUCCUCCCAUCCGCUGUCAUGGUACGUCCAUUCCUGUAAUCACAUUCCUGAAUGUUUUGACACGAAAGAUCGAAAAUAUCCAUGCAAGAGGAAGUUAGAGGAAGUUCUAACCGUUUAAAAUGAUGCGCACUGACCAGAAACUGUUUUUACACUCUACGCCUGACGUAACUGUAAUUAUAUACACAGAUGAAAUUCUGAACACUGACUUUUUUCUUACAAAGCCUGUGAGAUAACGGUGGAAAUUGCAAGAAAAUUGCCUCAUGUAAUCUGGGCCUAAAUAAUAAUUCUAAUUGUGUUAAUAAAUUCAUAUUGUUUAUAAGGUUAUAUAUAAACUGUUUCAUGCAAUAUUGUCAUUUGUCAAGGUGGCUCGAUAUAUUGUUAAUCCUCACAGAAUCCCGCGUGCUACACACGCAAAAAAAACGGAAAACUUGUCAACAAGAUGUGUUCGCAACAGGCUUGUCAAUAAGAAGUUGUGUCAUAAUGUUGUUAGUUUGUCAAGUUGAUACCAGAUUGUCACUCACAAUGCAACUUGUUAACUAGUGGUUGAAUUGCAGAACGAUAACAAGUUCUUGGAGUCAACAUCCUUAUAGCAAUCAGUUGUAACAAGACAACUUGGGAAAGCAGUGCGAACACAUCCUAGUCAACAAGCUGGGGAAAGCAGUGCGAAUACAUCCUGAUUACAUUCAAGU